AGUGCACGCGUCCCUCUCUCACUCCGGCCCCAAGCAGCAUCAUGGCUGCUGCGAAGAUUCUCUUCUUGCUGUGUGUGAUUUGGAUGGCGGUAGCAGACGUGGCAGUGGAAUUGAGCUGUGCUAAAGACCAGAUUUCCGAGGUGGCCAACGGACACAUCAAGUGUACGCUCAGCCGUUGCAAGAUCAUGUGCAAUUCAGGAUACAAACUUAAAGGAGGCAAGUCCAAGAUCUACAUCACGUGUAAUCAAGACACGGGUCAGUUUACUUACUCCGGUAGAUCUUGGCGUCAGUCCGCUCCGAACUGUGUCCCUCACUGCAAAAAAGGGUGUCAGAAUGGUGGUACUUGCGUAGCUCCGAACCAGUGCCUGUGUAGCCCUGCGUACAGGGGCAAGAACUGCGAUGUGAGAGAGUGCCCUGAGCCUUCAUUCCCGGACGCACAGGCUAGCUUUACCCGCACUGACGACGAUGAACUCCUUGUGAAGUGCCACGAAGGAUACGUUCUUCCCCCGGGCACGGCGCCUGGUGGAGUGGCAUUCUGCAGGGAAGGUGCCUGGGAGCUCCCAGACGACUUCAGGUGUCAGCAUGAAUGUGGCAUCCUCGUCUGCCAAAACGGCGGCAGUUGCGUUGCACCGGGACAUUGCAACUGCGCGCCGGGUUUCACAGGAGAAAACUGCCAGAGGCAUACUUGCCCGGACAUACUGGCACUCAAUGGAAACGUCAUCGUCACUCCAGUAAGCCUGGAGGUAAAGUGCCAUAAAGGGUACACACUAAAGUCAGGAAAAGUCGCGAUGGAAGCGAAGUGCCAAGCUGGUGAAUGGACAGUGCCACCUGAAGACUUACAAGGCGACACAAUUGCAUGUAUCCGUGACUGCGGCAACCUCGGUUGCCAAAACGGCGGCAGUUGCGUUGCACUAGGGCAUUGCAACUGCGCGCCGGGUUUCACAGGGGAAAACUGCCAGAGGCAUACUUGCCCGGACAUACUGGCACUCAAUGGAAACGUCAUCGUCACUCCAGUAAGCCUGGAGGUAAAGUGCCAUGAAGGGUACACACUCAAGUCAGGAAAAGUCGCGAUGGAAGCGAAGUGCCAAGCUGGUGAAUGGACAGUGCCACCUGAAGACUUACAAGGCAACACAGUUACAUGUAUCCCUACCUGCAUAAAUGGGUGUCAGAAUGGAGGCACUUGCAUAGCUCCGAGCCAGUGCCAGUGUAGCCCUGGGUACAAGGGCAAGAACUGCGAGGCGAGAGAGUGCCCUGAGCUUUCAUUCCCGGAUGCACAGGCUAGCUUUACUCACACUGACGACGACGAACUGCGAGUGGAGUGCCACGAAGGAUACGUUCUUCCCCCGGGCAUGGUGUUUGGAGAAGUGGCACUCUGCAAGGACGGUGCCUGGGACAUCCCUGACGACUUCAAGUGUCAGCCUUCCUGUGGGCGCCUGGGCUGUCAGAAUGGCGGACGAUGCGUGGCACCGAACCAGUGCCAGUGUGAAGACCACUUCGCGGGCGAACACUGUCAGGUGCGACGUUGUGAAGAGCCCCAGGUCAGGGCCAUCAGUGCCAAUCUGACAGUUAAUGAGACGCACCUGACGGCAGAGUGCGAACCCGGGCAUGCAUUUCCACACGGUGGCACUGUGGCAACGCUGCAUUGCCAGGACGGAGAGUGGCACUCUGAAGAGCGAGUCGUCGCUGACAACAGCACUCUGGAGUGUACCCCUCAGGAAACGCCGUGUUAUUACCCGUCAAAGACCUUCAACAACACAAUCAUGGAAGGGGAUCUCUUCAGCCACUCGCUCAGGUGUCCGCGAGGGUUCCGGAUGAGGGACGGCAGGGACGGCGUCGCCCUCGUGUGCCUCGAGGCCGAGUGGACCGUCCGGGGGGAGGGCCCGAUGGCGGACCUCGACCUCAACUGCUAUCUGGAAGCCUGCUCAAGCCCUUGUAGCCUCAACAGGGGUAACAGCCUACGUACCGGUGCAUAUUCGCCAUAUCGGAAUUAUACUAUAUACUUAGUGGAAGCCUGCUCAAGCCCUUAUAGCCUCAACAGGAUGUCUUUCCAUUUACUCUUGGUCCUCCCAUAUGGAAAGUUUGCACUCAUCGCUAAAUGCAUGCAACUUCAAGAGAAAGCCCUUGAACAGAACAUGCCGAUACUAAUUACUUUCAUUGACUUACUAGUGCAUUCGACACCGUUAACCGACAGUAUCUAUGGUCGAGGGCGUCCAUCAGGCAUAAUCAGCCUUAUUGAACAACUUCACUCUGGCAUGAUGGCCAAAGUCAAAGGUGAUGUUCCAACUAACACAAGGGGUCACAACCACCACAACCCAACAUCUUCAAUGGAAGCUUGCUUUAGAACGGUGAGCUUCACUUACCUUGGCAGUACAAUCUCCAGAGACAACAGUCUAUAUAAGGAAAUUAAAAGGGGGAUCAGUGCAGCUUCAACAGCCUUUGCUAAACUGCAAACGCAACGGAAAUAUAUACGCUAUACAGACGUCAUAUCAAGAGAUUACAGAGAAUCCAGAUGCCACACCUCCGACAACUCCUUAAAAUCAACUGGAGAGAGAGGAUCUCAAAUUCCUAGGCAAGAGGAGUCGGACGACCGAAAUUUAGAUAUAAAGACUGCAGCAAGCGCCAUCUCACAGCAUUUAGAAUUGACACCAAAGCAUGGGAGCAGAAAAAAUGGUCACAUCAUGCUGCUCAAGCAGAAAAGACCAUCGACAAACAAGCAAAGGCAUCUUCGUCAAUGCUCUCCUCCUUCUCCAGUCCUGACAAACCUGUUAAUGGAGUUCUUCGAGUCUGAGCUUCUCCCAUCCAUUUCCCUUAGUCCGCCAGUUUGGCUGAGUUCAUCUCCUCCCUUGACCGGACAGUGCACGCGUCCCUCCCUCGUUCUGACCCCAAGCAGCAUCAUGGCUGCUGCGAAUUUUUUCACCAGGAUCUAUUUGCUAUGUGCGAUCUGGAUGUCAGCUGCAGUCCAGUCUUACAAGGAGUGUGCCGCAGACCAGGCAGGCGAGGUGACCAACGGACGCAUCGAGUGUACGUUCAGCGGUUGCAGACUCAGAUGCAAUUCCGGAUACAAGCUUCAAGGCAAAUUGAAGCUUUACCUCACGUGCAACCAGAGGACAGGUCAAUUUAUGCACGCCGGCAAACCUUGGCGUCAGUCAGCUCCCAGCUGUGUCCCUAACUGCAGAAAGGGGUGCCAGAAUAAUGGCACUUGCAUAGCCCCGAGCCAGUGCCAGUGUAACCCUGGCUACAAGGGCAAGUACUGCGAGGUGAAAGAGUGCCCUGAUCCUUCGUUCCCUGACGCACAGGCUAGUUUUACCCGCAUUGACGACGAACUGCAUGUGGAGUGCCACGAAGGAUACGUUCUUCCACCAGGCACGGUACCUGGAGGAGUGGCACUCUGCAAGGACAGUGCCUGGGACCUCUCGGACGACUUCAGGUGUCAGCCUACUUGCAUAGAUGGGUGCCAGAACGGUGGUACUUGCAUAGCUCUGAAUCAGUGCCAGUGUAGCCCUGGGUACAAGGGCAAGAACUGCGAGGCGAGAGAGUGUCCUGAGCCUUCAUUCCCGGACGCACAGGCUAGCUUUUCACGCACUGGCGACGACGAACUGCGAGUGGAGUGCCACGAAGGAUACGUUCUUCCCCCAGGGACGGUGCCUGGAGGAGUGGCACCCUGUAAAGACGGUGCCUGGUACCUCUCGGACGACUUCAGGUGUCAGCCUAACUGCAUAAAUGGGUGCCAGAAUGGAGGCACUUGCAUAGCUCCGAGUCAGUGCCAGUGUAGCCCUGAGUACAAGGGCAAGAACUGCGAGGCGAGAGAGUGUCCUGAGCCUUCAUUCCCAGACGCACAAGCUACCUUUGCACGCACUGACGACGACGAACUGCGAGUGGAGUGCCACGAAGGAUAUGUUCUUCCCUCGGGCACGGCGCCUGGAGGAGUGGCACUCUGCAAGGACGGUGCCUGGGACCUCCCGGACGACUUCAGGUGUCAGCCUAAUUGUGUAAAUGGGUGCCAGAAUGGAGGCACUUGCAUAGCUCCAAGCCAGUGCCAGUGUAGCCCUGGGUACAAGGGCAAGAACUGCGAGGCGAGGGAGUGCCCUCAGCCUUCAUUCCCGGACGCACAGGCUAGCUUUACACGCACUGACGACGACAAAUUGCGAGUGGAGUGCCACGAAGGAUAUGUUCUUCCCUCGGCCACGACGCCUGGAGGAGUGGCACUCUGCAAGGACGGUGCCUGGGACCUCCCGAUAGACUUUAGGUGUAAGCCAAACUGCAUAAAUGGGUGCCAGAAUGGAGGCACUUGCAUAGCUCCGAGUCAGUGCCAGUGUAGCCCUGGGUACAAGGGCAAGAACUGCGAGGCGAGAGAGUGUCCUGAGCCUUCAUUCCCGGAUGCACAGGCUAGCUUUAACCGCACUGACAACGAACUGCAAGUGAAGUGCCACGAAGGAUACGUUCUUCCCCCAGGCACGGCGCCUGGAGGAGUGGCACUCUGCAAGGACGGUGCCUGGGACCUCCCGGACGACUUCAGGUGUCAGCCUAAUUGUGUAAAUGGGUGCCAGAAUGGAGGCACUUGCAUAGCUCCAAGUCAGUGCCAGUGUAGCCCUGGGUACAAGGGCAAGAACUGCGAGGCGAGGGAGUGCCCUCAGCCUUCAUUCCCGGACGCACAGGCUAGCUUUGCACGCACUGACGACGACGGAUUGAGAGUGGAGUGCCACGAAGGAUACGUUCUUCCCCCGGGUACGGCGUCUGGAGUAGCACUCUGCAAGGACGGUGUCUGGGACUUCUCGAAUGACUUCAGGUGUCAGCCUAAUUGUGUAAAUGGGUGCCAGAAUGGAGGCACUUGCAUAGCUCCGAGUCAGUGCCAGUGUAGCCCUGGGUACAAGGGCAAGAACUGCGAGGCGAGAGAGUGUCCUGAGCCUUCAUUCCCGGAUGCACAGGCUAGCUUUAACCGCACUGACAACGAACUGCAAGUGAAGUGCCACGAAGGAUACGUUCUUCCUUCAGGUACAAUGCCUGGAGGAGUGGCACUCUGCAAGGACGGUGCUUGGGAUCUCCCAGACGACUUCAGGUGUCAGCCUAACUGCUUAAAUGGGUGCCAGAAUGGAGGCACUUGCAUAGCUCCGAGCCAGUGCCAGUGUAUCCCUGGGUACAAGGGCAAGAACUGCGAAGCGAGAGAGUGCCCUGAGCCUUCAUUCCCGGACGCACAGGCUACCUUUGCACGCAUUGCCGACGACGAACUGCUAGUGGCGUGCCACGAAGGAUACGUUAUUCCCCCGGGCACGGCGUCUGGAGGAGUGGCUCUUUGCAAAGACGGUGCCUGGGACCUCCCGAUUGACUUUAGGUGUCAGCCUUCCUGUGGGCGCCUGGGCUGUCAGAAUGGCGGACGAUGCGUGGCACCGAACCAGUGCCAGUGUGAAGACCACUUCGCGGGCGAACACUGUCAGGUGCGACGUUGUGAAGAGCCCCAGGUCAGGGCCAUCAGUGCCAAUCUGACAGUUAAUGAGACGCACCUGACGGCAGAGUGCGAACCCGGGCAUGCAUUUCCACACGGUGGCACUGUGGCAACACUGCAUUGCCAAGACGGAGAGUGGCACUCUGAAGAGCGAGUCGUCGCUGACAACAGCACUCUGGAGUGUACCCCUCAGGAAACGCCGUGUUAUUACCCGUCAAAGACCUUCAACAACACAAUCAUGGAAGGGGAUCUCUUCAGCCACUCGCUCAGGUGUCCGCGAGGGUUCCGGAUGAGGGACGGCAGGGACGGCGUCGCCCUCGUGUGUCUCGAGGCCGAGUGGACCGUCCGGGGGGAGGGCCCGAUGGCGGACCUCGACCUCAACUGCUAUCCCGUGUAAGAGAGGCGAGGGCAAGGCUGGCGGGGACCAGGGGCGUGUGCCUCGUGCGAAGGGCCAUGCAAGGACGCUAACGGAGACAGAAGCGAAUGAAACAGAAUCUAGUUGCUGCGAAGCAGAUGUUCAGCUUCGAUAUAUUUGUUGCAGCCAAUACGUUUAUACCAUACACAUGCACACACACACACACACACACACACACACACACACACACACACACACACACACACACACACACACACACACACACACACACACACGCACACACA